AUGGCUGCAGAGCUCUUUUCCACCAAGAAGCUGGGCCCGGCAACCUCAACCAACACAGUUGUGCAGCAAUACCAGCAGCAGAACCGGAAUAACAACAACACUAUUCACAGCUGCAAUUGGCAAGGGCUCUAUCCUACCAUCCGAGAGAGGAAUUCAGUCAUGUUCAACAAUGAGUUGAUGGCAGAUGUUCACUUUAUCGUUGGCCCCCCAGGAGGGACUCAGCAAGUACCUGGGCACAAGUAUGUGCUGGCUGUGGGGAGUUCUGUGUUCCACGCCAUGUUUUACGGUGAACUGGCAGAGGACAAGGAAGAGAUCCGUAUCCCUGAUGUGGAGCCUCCCUCGUUCCUAGCCAUGCUGAAGUACAUCUACUGCGACGAGAUCGACCUGUGUGCCGACACGGUCCUGGCUACGCUCUACGCCGCCAAGAAGUAUAUUGUGCCCCACCUGGCUCGGGCCUGCGUCAACUUCCUGGAGACGAGCCUGAGUGCCAAGAACGCUUGUGUGCUGCUAUCCCAGAGCUGCCUGUUUGAGGAGCCCGACCUAAUGGAGCGCUGCUGGGAGGUGAUCGACGCCCAAGCUGAGCUGGCGCUGCGCUCCGAGGGCUUCACAGAUAUCGACUCGGUGACCCUGGAGAGUAUCCUGCGCCGCGAGACGCUCAACGCCAAGGAGAUGGUGGUGUUCGAGGCGGCAUUAAGCUGGGCCGAAGCCGAAUGCCAGCGCCAGGACCUGACGCCCACCAUUGAGAACAAACGGCUGGCGCUGGGCAAGGCCAUCUACCUGAUCCGCAUCCCCACUAUGACGUUGGAUGACUUUGCCAACGGUGCGGCACAGUCUGGUGUGCUGACUCUCAACGAGACCAAUGACAUCUUCCUGUGGUACACGGCCGCCAAGAAGCCUGAGCUGCUGUUCGCCAGCAAGCCGCGCAAGGGCCUGGCGCCACAGCGUUGCCACCGCUUCCAGUCGUGCGCCUACCGGAGCAACCAGUGGCGCUACCGGGGCCGUUGCGACAGCAUCCAGUUCGCCGUGGACAAGCGAGUGUUCAUCGCCGGCUUCGGCCUGUACGGCUCCAGCUGUGGCUCAGCAGAGUACAGCGCCAAGAUUGAACUCAAAAGGCAGGGCGUGCCGCUGGGCCAGAGCCUCAUCAAGUACUUUUCAGACGGCUCCAGCAGCACAUUCCCAGUGUGGUUUGAAUACCCUGUGCAGAUCGAGCCCGACACAUUCUACACGGCCAGCGUAGUGCUGGACGGCAACGAGCUCAGCUACUUUGGCCAGGAGGGCAUGACUGAGGUGCAGUGUGGCAAGGUCACCUUCCAGUUCCAGUGCUCUUCAGACAGCACCAACGGGACAGGUGUGCAGGGGGGGCAAAUCCCUGAGCUCAUCUUUUACGCUUGAGGUGUCGAGCGUGAAGGAAACGUAACACUACUUCUUUUCGGUCACAGUAAACGCACCCCUCCGGAUGUUCAGAAAGCAUCAUCUCUUAACUGUGGCUUUAAAAGUGUACCUGGUUUGGGAAAAACAAACAUCCAAUUUAGUUCAAUAUUCAAUUGCCUUAUGAGUAUGCUGGACCUAGUGUAGGACUGGGUUGAAGUGACCAAAAAUGUUCUUAUUUUAAAUGAAGGAUAGGCAUUUGUUCACAUUUAACUGUUUACUCUUUUGUUUUACUGUUCUCGUUUAACAAGAUUAUUAGUAUGUUGUUGUUUUUACUUCAAACAUUCAUAUAAUUUUAAGGAAAACACCAACUUCAAUAUAGGAUAUUUCAACCUGUGCAAAAAUCGACGUUGAUGUAGAGGAUACUUAGGGUAUAAUCAAAUAUUUUUGUACUUUGUAACUUGAUAAAUAGUUUAAACAUUUUUGAUGGUGCAAUUUCUAAGAUUUUGUAUUGUUACCUCUAAGUUUCCCCUUGGGUUUUCUGUGAGAUUAAUAAAUUGAGAAUAGACAUCAAACGGAAAUGUAAACCUGUGCUGAGGUUUAAGAUACUUGAUGUAUGUUGCUGUCUCAGUGUCAGCCCUUGUAUGUAUAUAGCUAACUUUUGUUUGCACUACUAUUGUUCCUCUUUUCAAAUGGGACUGCCUUUUUGUAUCUUGCUUCCUUGUAUACACUUUAUUUUUGACCAGUAUAAAGUGUCACCGUGCUGUGAGUUUGACAGUGUCAAUGGACCUAUGAAUGUGUACUGUUGUUGAAUAUCAAAAAUAAAAUGAACCAGUUCUGUAAAA